GGAGGCGCGCGCCGCGGCUCUCGCGGCCGCGCCGCCCGCAGCCGCGCGCAUGCUGGCCCUCCGCCUGGACCAGGUCCUGCUGAGGUGCGCCCUCGCGGCGUGGAGGUUCCGGCGGCGGUCCGCGCGGCACCGCGCCGCGGCCUCCAGGCUGGCGUACCGGGUGCUGCAGGACCAGGACGCCCGGAUCGCGUUCCUGGCGUUCCAGGCGCUCCGCCGCGAGGCGCUCCUCGGGCGCCUCCCGCGGCCCCGGGGCGCCCCGGGCGCGGGGAGGUCGCCGACGCCGCCCAGCCCCUCGGCGCCCGCGGCUCCAUCGCCCGUGCCCCGUGGGCUGAACGCAGAGGCGCGGUGCCUGUCGCGGGUGCUGCAGGCGGAGCUCGAGAGGUGCGCGUUGCGCCAAACGUUGCUCUGCUGGAGGGCCGUCGCCGACGCGGGCGCCGCGGGCCAGAUGCGGAGGGCCCUCGGAGGGCCCGCGCGGCGGCGCGGCGGCGCCCCCGCCGAGGCGCCGCCGGCGUCCGCCGGCAGGAGGUGCCGUCCCAAGGCCGCGCGCCACAGCUCCUGGGGCGACGAGGCGUGGCUGCUGGCGGCGCCCGGUGCCCAGCCGGCCAUGCGGGAGGCCACCCGACUGGCGCUCCCAGCGCCGCCGCUCCGAGCGCUGUCGGCGCCGCUGCUGGAGCCGCAGGCCCAGCUGGAGCUUCCAGCACCGCGGCCGCGCGAGCCCAUCGCGCUGCUGGCUCCAGCGCAGUAGGGGCGCUCCGCGCUGCCGCGCAGAGCGCUGCCGCGCGGCGCGCCCGUCCGGGCGCGGCGCGGGCGCGGCGCGGGGCGGCGGCCUGGCCAGGCCUUUUUCCGGACGCGUAGCCCC